GUUGGCGCAGGAUCUCGGCCCAAGCUGGCGCAGCCGUGAGGUCUGCUCGCGUAUGAAUCAUACUGAUGCCAUGGAGACCGAAUUGUGAGAAGAAGAGGGGUUGUCAAGACAGGAGUCCUGCGGGGGUGUAGCAUCGGUCUCUAGGUUUUCCACAACAGGCCGACGCCCACGUCGCAGAUCGUCGGGUCGACAUAGGCGGCUUUGCGGACAUAGACCAGCAUGUCGACGACCUCCAAGCUGCUCGGCAGCCGUAGCAAAGGCGUACUGGCUGUUGCGAUAUGUGGUUCGAUCUCCGCUACGGCCACGCUCGUCCUGCUCGUCGGCGCAACCUAUCUGCUACUCAGGCCAAGGAUAAAACGACUCCGGUCUGCCACGCCAGAUAGCUCGAAUGACCAUCACGAUUCGUCUAGAGCGGAGCGCUUCUUGCGCAGUCAGUUCGGCGUCUUCUUCCUCAACUUGAUCUUUGCCGACCUCUUGCAAGCCUUGGGAUUCUCGGCGUCUUAUCAUUGGGUCAUCCUCAAGCAAUUCAGCGAUAACCCAGCUGGCCUAUGUACUGCUCAAGCUGUCGCUAUACAAGUUGGGGAUGUCGCGGCGGCCAUCUGGUCACUCUCAAUCGCGAUACACACAACAAUGAUUCUCGUGGCGCGCUAUCGCCCGACUAACAGGGUCGUCGCGAUAUGGAUGUUCUGCAAUUGGGCGGUCACCAUCAUCUUCGCUUCCGUCGGUCCGGGCGCCGUGGCCACACCCGAAGGCGGCCCAUUCUACAACGUCGCCGGAGCUUGGUGCUGGAUUGACAAGUCAUACGAAGAUUAUCGGCUAUGGUUCCAUUACGUCUUUGUCUUCCUGGCCGGCGCUGGCAAUCUUGUGCUCUACACCAUCGUCUUCUUCACCAUUCGACAUCGCCUCGACUUUAGGUCGAUGCGAGGCAAUGGAACGAACACGCAGACGACGAUGGUCGAAUCUGGCUCGCAAGCACAGCGGAAGCCAUCCAUUAUACCCCAAUCGUCGAGAGGCGUAGCAGAAACAUCAAACAGUCGAGCCAUUGACAGCAUAGCUCAACGGAUGAUGUACUACCCGCUCGUCUAUCUGAUCGUCAUCACCCCCAUCUCGGUCUAUAGAAUCGCCGGUAUUGCUGGCCAUCAGUUCAGCUUCACCGCUGCGGUCGUGGCUGGCUCGUUCUAUACGCUGGGCGGAUUAGCCGACGUAGUACUCUGGCUCCUCACGCGAAACUUGAUCAGUUUCCCCAGGAAAUUCGGCCUCGGCGUAAAGACUUCACAGGGCGAUCGAACUCAUCUCGCCUCCCUGCCGCUCGUGACCCAGCAUGCCAGUGUGGUCAGCUCGAGAGGUCACAGAACAGAUGUCGACACGGGCUCUGGCAGCUUCAAGCUGCCCUUUGAUUCGCCCUUUGAUGAUCUCGAGCGGACAGUCACUGGCAGUGAGCAGCCAAAGUACGAUCUCGUCGAUGUUCCCUACUUCACGAAAGAAGGGACGUAUGUCAAUGACGAUUCGCCGCCGCAUUCGACAGCGGCGUUACAAAGAGUGACGUUGAGCUCCAGCGAGCACUCGCACGAAUCAACGCAUACUGGCAAGUAAUGCUGCGUCUAUCGACGCCUUGGGAGAUAUUUGUGGGGAAUCCUUGCAUCUUGUACGCUUGUAGACUUUCGCAAUGCAUUGCAUCGUUGAGCAUCUAUUUGUAGCCUAAUUCUGCGAGUCUAAGUAAUUUUGCUUUCUCUCGGAGUUCUCUACGCCAUUGCGGUGUCUCGAAGAAACGGCCCUCUUCGUCAUGAUCUCGAUCGUCAUCGUCGUGUCUGCCCUCACCGACAGACAACAUCAGCGAGUCCGAGAGAUCAAACUCGGCAGGAUAUCCUAGUACAUGCGCCUUUGUUGGCUCUUGUACUCUGCCGGGCUUGAGACUGAUGUCAUUGACG